UGCCUGCAUUCGGCCAUGUUUAUAAUCUGUCAAACUUUUUCCUCCGUCGGUCGACGAGUUGAGCAUCAGCAGGAAAAUUAAUUCCCAUUUUCCCAGGAAAAACUUGUUCCGAGCUGCAAAACUACACCCGCUUCGUUGAUUUGCUAAACGAAAAAAAAAGAAAGAAACCAUCCUCGCCCAGGCAACAUGGUUCGUUCCGGAAUGAUGCGCGGAGGCCGUGGCGGAAUGGGAAUGGGAAUGCGUGGCAUGCGGGGAGCCCCUUUCAUGCACAAGAAGAGCUUCCUGCCGCGCCAUCCCUUUGACUUGACCCUGGCGGAACCGGCUUUUCCAAGGGUGUCCGCUCCGCCGGAUGAUUCCGUCCUUACCAACGCUCUGCUCAAGCGCAGUCAGGAUCUGACGCCUACCCAGCAGGAACAAACUGCCAUUUCCAACCUGGUUACCAAGGUGCAAGCCGUUCUGGAUAACCUGGUCAUUGCCCCGGGCGAUUUCAACAAAUGCCAGCUCGAUGAAGUGCGACAGGUUGGUUCCUUCAAAAAGGGAACGAUGAUGGCUGGCCACAAUGUGGCCGAUAUUGUAAUCAUCCUGAAGACACUUCCGACGAAAGACGUGGCCGAAGUGCUCGGCAAGAAGGUAGAAGAAGACAUCCAAAAGUCGAUGAAGACAGAAGUGGUUCCGAAAUCGGAAGCCAUCGCUCUGGAGUACAACGAUAAGGGCUUCGAAAUCUGGAACUCUUUGGCUCGGGUUCGGUGCCUUAUCGCUACCCUGCCGCAAAACAUUCGCAAACUGGACGCUGAGAAGCAUCUGGACUUCAAAGUCGUUCAGAGUCACUUGGCUUCCAUCAGACAUGCUCGUUGGUUCGAGGAAAAUGCACACCAUUCCACCAUCAAGGUGCUCAUCCGUAUUCUCAAGGAUCUGUCCAACCGGUUUGAAGGAUUUGCUCCGUUGAACCCGUGGAUCUGUGACCUGUUGGCGCAUUCAGCCAUCAUGAACAACCCAAGUCGUCAAGCACUUCCAGUCAAUUUAGCUUUUCGAAGGAUAUUCCAACUGUUGGCGUCCGGAUUGUUCGUUCCGGGCUCGGCUGGAAUCACUGAUCCGUGUGAAGUGGGUCACAUUCGCGUUCACACUUCCAUGAAUUUGGUCCAACAGGAUGAGUGCUGCAUGGUGGCGCAAACCCUGGUUCGAGUUCUGGCCCACGGAGGAUACAAACACAUCCUCGGCUUCGUGGAGAACACCACAGUGGCGAAGGAAAUGUCCGUUUGGGAUGGGGUCGUCGUUUCACCGAUGGAACCGGCCUACGAGAAGCCCACCGAAAAGAAGGACGACGAGGAGGAAGACAUGGAAUGCGUCGAAGAAUCCACCAUGGAGGACGAUAACGGUGAGUAGAUGCGGAGACUUUCUUCCGCCUACGGGAAUCUGCAUUUAGUUCCAAAAUUACGAGCGAAAUUAUUCUCUCAUUUAAGCUAAACACAGUUUUUGAAAUAAGACCCUCUCAUAAUUUAUCAACAAUAAACCGACUACGUGUGAACUACAGUA